GGGCGGCGGGGCGCGGGGCGCGGAGGCCCAGCUGAGCCGGCUGUGGGAGCGAGACCCCACAGCAGAGACGACGGAGGCGGGCGGAAGCAGUCCGGAGGCGGCGGCGGCAGCCUGGGCAACCGGAGCCGCCUGGGAUGUUCAGUCAUGAAACUAGUGCGCGCCGAGCAGAUUCAGAUGGCAGUGUCCUGCUACCUCAAACGCCGGCAAUACAUGGACUCAAAUGGUCCCUUGAAGCAAGGGCUGCGGCUGUCACAGACUGCUGAGGAGAUGGCAGCCAAUCUCACAGUUCAGUCAGAUUCUGGUUGUGCCAACAUAGUGUCUGCAGCCCCUUGCCAGCAAUAUGAAGUACAAUUUGGACGCCUGCGGAAUUUUCUCACUGAUUCUGAUUCCCAGCACAGCCACGAAGUGAUGCCUCUCCUCUAUCCUCUCUUUGUCUACCUCCAUCUCAACCUGGUCCAGAACAGUUCCAAGAGCACAGUGGAAAGUUUUUACAGCCGCUUCCAUGGAAUGUUUCUGCAGAAUGCUAGCCAGAAGGAUGUCAUUGAGCAGCUACAGACCACUCAGACCAUCCAGGACAUCCUGUCUAACUUCAAGCUCCGAGCAUUCCUAGAUAACAAGUAUGUAGUCCGUCUCCAGGAAGACAGCUACAACUACCUUAUCCGCUACCUCCAAAGUGACAACAAUACUGCCCUGUGCAAAGUCCUUACCUUACAUAUUCAUCUUGAUGUGCAACCUGCCAAGAGAACAGACUACCAGCUCUAUGCCAGUGGCAGCUCCUCUCGCGGAGAGAGCAAUGGCUUAGAGCCCCCUGAUGUGCCCAGCCCUAUUCUACAGAAUGAGGCCUCUCUGGAGGUCCUUCAGGAGAGCAUUAAGCGUGUCAAGGACGGACCGCCCUCCCUCACUACCACCUGCUUCUAUGCCUUCUAUAACACAGAGCAGCUGCUGAACACUGCAGAAAUCUCCCCUGAUAGCAAGCUGCUUGCUGCUGGGUUUGACAACUCUUGCAUAAAACUUUGGAGUUUACGAUCCAAGAAGUUAAAAUCAGAGCCCCAUCAAGUAGACGUGUCCCGUAUCCACUUGGCUUGUGAUAUUCUGGAAGAGGAGGUAUGAAUACCAUUUUUUCUUCCCUGCACCUGCUUUUCCAAUUUGCUUAGACUAUUCUUA